UUUCAAUUCCUCCCAUUUGGGGGAGAUAUUUUGAUCACUCAUUCUUAUUACGCAUGUGCUGCAUAAACCACAAACCUUCCAUUAUUAAGAUUUAAGACGAGCACGAACACACUCUGUUCCUAAGUCAAACAAAACCCACUUGUGUUUGAAGCCAAAGAUGGGAUCUUUAGCCAAGAACGGACUCAACAAUUACUUGAAACAGCUCCAGCAACACCCUUUGAGAACCAAGGUUAUCACAGCAGGGGUGUUGUCUGCUAUCAGUGACAUAGUGUCUCAGAAGCUUACUGGAAUACAAAAACUUCAAUUCAAACGGAUUCUUCUCAAAGUGUUUUUUGGAGCUGCUUAUCUUGGACCCUUUGGACACUUCUUUCAUAUUAUACUGGAUAAAAUUUUCAAAGGGAAGAGAGACUCAACAACCGCAGCCAAGAAGGUUUUGAUUGAACAGUUGACAUCUUCUCCUCUGAACAAUUUGCUUUUCUUGAUUUAUUAUGGAUUAGUUAUUGAAGGUCGACCAUGGGUGCAUGUGAAAGCUAAGGUUAAGAAGGACUAUCCAUCAGUGCAGUACACAUCAUGGACGUUCUUUCCUGCUGUGGGGUUCAUAAAUCACAAAUUCAUGCCUCUUCAUUUCCGUGUUGUUUUCCACAGCUUAGUUGCAUUUUGCUGGGGAAUAUUCUUGAACCUAAGAGCACGGUCCAUGGUAUUGAUUAAAGCCUAAAGUGAUUAUAGUAAAAGCUCUUCCAAGUAACAGAUAAUAUAAUAUGUUAUGAGGGUCUAUGUCUAACUGCUCCCAGUGCUGUAUGCUUCUGAUUUAUUUUGAACUAUUGGAAUUUCAUAAGGCAUACCCUUUCCCUCUCAGAAUAUAAGUGUUCGCUUGAGACAAAUUGAUAUCUAAAAAAAUCAGUAUGUCUUAAUUAAAAUUAAAGGGUAAAGCCUAUUUUGGGAGCAUGUUUGGUUUGUUAAUUGCUGGUGGUGGAAUCCAUAGAAUU